AUGGAGGAAAGGGCCAUGCGCGGGGCUCGCAUGGCAGCUGAGGAGAUUACGGUGUGGCUGUUCCAUCGCUCCGCAAACCCAGGGAUGUGGUUCGGCAGUGUUCCGUUUCAGGUACAAGCUAUUGAUGAUGCUCUCCCGGAUCGACAAGACUACGGCAAGCUCAUCGCAACUGUCCAGCGCGACGUUAUCAAGGAUCUAUCGAAUGGGUUCAAUGGAGUUCUAGGAGAUCGAUAUUCGGCAGCGAGCAAAAUGCUUUCCUAUGCACUCGCGUCAUCGGGGAUCUUUCAAUGUUCAGUAUGGUCAACGAGCCCCGGUCUCGGCGACAAGGCAUCGUUCCCAACUUUCUUCCGCCUAGUAGCCGACGACAACUUUCAAGCACUUGUUGUUCUCGAUCUCAUUCGCUCUCAGGGGUGGAAGAAGAUUGGCGUCUUGGUUGGAGAAGAAUCUUACGGGCAGGGGCUACUGGACAAGAUACGUUCGAGCGUGGAUUCGUACGGCAUAUCGUUGCUGGGGUCGUACACCUUUUACAUGGACGAUCCCGCCGGCGUCGAGUACCGAGUAAACCAGCUGAAGGAUCUAGGAGCAAGGAUCAUCCUGCUCUUCCCGAACGGGGAGGCCGACGCUGUGAAAGUGUUUCGCGUGCUCAAAGCGAAUGGCAUGUUAACAAAGGGAUUCGAGACCAAGUUUACACAAAGAUGGGGUGUUGCCCCCCCGUCCGGCGCUGUCGCAUGGUACGACGCAACGUAUGCAUUUGCCUACGCGUUCAAGAAGCUGAUGAACGAUUACGGUUACUCUGCAACGGAGAUAUCCACCAACAAAUGGCUCGAAAAAGGACUCAAGGUCAAUCAGUUCACCAACUUUUCCUUUACCGGCGCCAUGGGGAAAGCAUCCUGGCAAGCGAACGGGGACUCUGCAAACGCGUUGUUCCACGUCCGCAAUCUCGUUGGUUCUGAGUUCGUAGAGGUGGCGCUUGGCGAAGCUGGGGCACUAUCCCUUACUUCCAACAUCGUGUUCGCUUCAGGCCUUACUACAUCUCCGUCCGAUUCACCAACAUUGACGGAUCAAACCAUCGGAUACAAGAAGAGUGCUCCUGCCGUUAUCAUCGCCAUAGCUUCGGUCAUGCUUGUGAUUACCGCCGUGUCGACAGUGCCUCUCGUAUUAUUCCAAGUUCCAACGACGGUCUCUUGCAAUUCGUACAUGGCGUUGCUGACCGUCGGAUUUGGAACGGUGGUGGGGGGUAUUCUGGUCAAGUUGCGGAGGCUUUAUAGAAUUUUUGACAACCGGAUCGCCCAUCGACGCGCGUCCAGCAAUACGGAGCUCCUUGCUCAAUCCGGCGCCAUUCUCCUUAUCGAAUUGUUGCUUGUCUUCAUCUGGUCCGGCGCUUUCCCGCUUCUCGCCAACGAGCACAACGACCUCCGUUACGCUACCCAUUACUAUCAAUGCGCCUCAUCCAAUCAUGGCGCAGGGGAGGCCAUGAUGCUCGCCGUCUUUAUCUACAACGGCCUACUCGUGUUAGCCUGCUGCUAUUUCGCUUUCGCUACGCGGAACAUUUACUCAGCAUACAACGAGGCCAAAGCAAUUGGCAUCGCCAUUUACAACAUUCUGUUCUGCGCUCUCAUUAUCCUUUUGACAAGAUAUCUGACUCCGCUGGCGCCAGUGCCAUCCUUCCUUAUCAGGAGUUCGUGCGUUCUUAUCGCCGUUGGAGUUGCAUACUGUGCUCUCUGCGGAAGGUUCCUUUACGGACUAGCUUCCGACAAGACUGCGGACAGGGGGACGCCCGGCGACGAUGCGUUUGUUAAGGAUGGCGCGGCCAAUCGACGAGGGUUCGAUAGCAAGCCGACCGCUCUGCCCUCAGGAGUUAAAUCGGAACGCCUGCCCGUUCGCGGAUCCACCCGCAUUACCAGCAAGCAAUGGCGCAAUUUUACCGCUCAUAUCAUGCUCAAGCCCGGUCCACUCUUCGUCCUUGUAAAUGAGGAAGAGUCAGACAGAGCUCUAGCGGUGCCGCUCAACCAAGUUACCGUAGAGUUGAAAGACGAUCGGUUUUCAAUCCGCUGGCCGAGAGGGGAGGUAGAGGCUCAAGCCGAGAGCCCGCAAAGUGCGCAAGAUUGGGUGACCGCCAUUCGGUCCUUUACACGUGCCAACAGCUCUCCGCACGCAGCCACACCUGCGUCUAUUCUAUACCUUCUGGUGGGGAAACUUGUCAUGUGCAUCAACUAA